AUGUCCUCUAAUGAUAGAAAAGAUUCAUCGGCAGAUUCAUACAAUGGGCAGCUUCUGAGAGACAUUAAAGAGGUAAGCAAAGCUCUUUACUUGAACAACGCACCUCAAAAACCUGUGCUUUCGUUAUCUCCUGUCCCACCUAAGCCUGUUCCCAGAUCUCGUUCCUCGGUUAGUUCCGGUCAGGGAACCAAAGAGAAGAAGAAAUCAUUGGUACCAUGGGAUUGGAAGAGACCCUUGAAAGCUAUAGCUCAUUUCGGGCAGCGUAGGUUUGAUGUUUGUUUCCUUCUCCAUGUUCAUUCCAUUGAAGGCCUGCCUUCAAAUCUGGAUGGUACUAAAUUAGUUGUUCAGUGGAAGAGGAAAGAUGAAGUGAUGUCUACUCAGGCUUCCAAAGUUUUGCAAGGAACUGCUGAGUUUGAAGAGACCUUGACGCAUAGAUGUUUGGUGUACGGUAGCAAACAUGGGCCUCAUCGUUCUGCAAAAUAUGAAGUGAAGCUUUUCUUGGUCUAUGUAUCUCCUGUUGAUACUCCUUGGGUUAUUCUAGGGAAGCAUUGGGUUGAUUUAACUAGGAUCUUGCCGUUGUCUCUAGAGGAGCUUGAAGUUGCAAGAAGCACAAGAAAGUGGAAUACGAGCUUUAAGCUAUCUGGACUGGCUGAUUCUGCAGUGUUGAAUCUUAGUUUUGAUUACUCGGUUGUUACAAGUUCGGUAUGUGAUUCAACUAGUGGAAAUGUGAUGCUGAAGAGGGUUGGUAGUGUUCCAAGUAUGGAGCGUAGAUCUUCACCGGUUGAUGAUGGAAAGGUCUCUCAUCAACUCUCGCCGAGUCUGAGUCUGGAUCUUUCUCAGUCGAUAGACUUUCUCUAUGAAAAGCUUAGCGAUCAAAACCCACAAAGAUCAACAGGAAAUGAUGAGACUGAUAAGCAAGCAGACGACAGUGAAGUUUCUUUCACUGGAAAAGGAGUAGAGAUGUGUCAGCAAGAAAGUUCCAGGGUGGAAGAAAGCACUGAUCCAAACACAGAGUCCUCUGGAAUUGAAAUUAUUGAUAUUCAUGAGAUACUUAAAGAUGAAGAAGAAUCCUUUUUCGAGGAAACCCAUUUUCCUGACCAGUUAUCAGUGGCCAGCCAUUCAGUUCCCGGAGGACCUAAGUCAGCUUUCAGGAGCCAGGUAAAUUCUGAGUCACUGGAGAUUAAAUCUUCAUCGGUCAUGGAUGAUUCUACUGAGAAAGAAAAUUUUGUGGAAGUUAAAUGUAGUUACAAAGCGGCAAAAGUAUCAACGAAGUCACUAAGCUUGGAUGACAUUACUGAAUCUGUAGCUAAUGAUUUUCUAAACAUGCUUGAACUUGAGGAAUGUUCUUAUGUUUAUACAUCAGAUAGUGAACCUACAUCUCCUCGUGGAUAUCUGCUUCGAGAGUUUGAGAAGGAGGUUUUGGCUUCUGGAAACUUUCUCUUAGAUUUAGAUAGACAAGCAGAGUAUGUGUCUGAUAUUGAUGAAGAAUCGAAUGAUUUCUCGUUCUCUUCAAGUUCUUUGGGUGUUGGGAAAAGCAAGCGUGAGGGAAAAUCUCAGUUGUUAAUAAACAGAAGGAAGGCCAAGGUACUUGAAGACUUGGAAACUGACACUUUAAUGCGAGAGUGCAGUUUUAACGACUCUCUAUGUGGUUGCUCUGAUGGGUUUGGAAGUCCAAUAGAGCUUCCGGCUGAAGAGGGAUUAGAUUUUCCGCCACUUGGAGAUAAUAUUGGUUCGUUAGAGUGUAAGGAUGAUGCAUCACAUCUGAUCAUGCAAGUUUCAAUUCCGGUGGUACUAGUACCAGAACUAGGUUCUGAUAUCCUUGAAAUACUGCAAAGUUUGGCAGCUUCUGGAAUUGAAGGGCUUUGCUUUGAAGUUAAUGCGUUAAUGCCUUUGGAAGAUGUUAUGGGGAAGACAGUACAUGAAGUUGUGCAGGACGCAAGAUUUGGCAGAAUUGUACAUGAUUGUUCUGACAAGAGUAAAGAUGCCAUGGUUCAGAAAUCAUCAGGACAGCUGGAUUCGUUUCCUUUAAAAGAAGAGUCUGGGGACUUCGGAUCCAAUAUAUGUCUUGAAGCUCUCGCUUCCUUAGCUAUUGAUGGGAUAGAACAUCUCUCGGUUGAAGGAUUAAAGAUUCAAUGCAGCAUGUCAGACCAAGAUCCACCAUCAGGCGUUGCACCAAAACCCAUGGAUCAGUCUGAUGCUUUAGAGUUGAUUAGGCUUUCCUUAACGUUGGAUGAGUGGUUAAGGCUUGACAACGGAGAUCAAACCACCAAGCAGAUGAAAAAUAAAAUUUCAGUGCACCAUGACUGUCAAGAUCAAACUUCUAGUGGAAAGGGUCAUACUUGUAGGAACAAGUUGACAAUUGCUCUUCAAAUGUUGCUAAGAGAUCCAUUCCGAGAUAAUGAACCUGUUGGUGCAUCUAUGCUCGCUCUGAUCCAAGUUGAAAGGUGUCUGGUUUCCUCAAAUUUACCUGAGUGUAGUUUGGCUCAAGAAGGAAGAAAUAAGGAAGAUGAUACACAUUUGUGGAGAAUCAGUAACAUUGGUCUUGCGGGUUUGGAAACUGAGCUUGGUGUAGACCAUCUGUGGUGUACAAAGACCCAGCAAGAGUCUGGAUCCCGAUGGUUACUCGCCAGUGGUGCUGGUAAAACCAUCAAGUGUCAAGCUUCGGAGUCAAAGGAGAUCACUGUAUCAAACACACAAGCAACCAGAAAGAGCUUGGACACAUUGUGGAGUAUAACGACUGAUAGGCACAAUCAAGAAGGUGAUUUGAGUAGCUCUGCUGUCUCUGUUCCAUUUACAAGAAAUCCAGACGUGAUAUUUUCAAAUGACAUAACAAAAUGA